UGAAAGGGAAAGUUGUCGGGUACGCAUUAAAAGCAAAGUUCAAAGUAAGCGGAAUUUUUAAAUAUGGCUUAAGCGAGCGUGUAAUGAGAAAGAGGAAACCGCUUAGCAAAAAAAAAAAAAAAAAAAUAAAUAAACAAAAAAGAAAGGAAAACCAAAGUGAAGCAAACAACACUACAAGUCGUUAAGAAUCAACGCUGCUCUUGGCCAUUUUAAUUGAGACUUGGUCAAGUGCUUGUGCACAUACUCGCACUCACACAAGCAUGCGGGCAAACAAACAAACACCGACAUUUGUAGUUACUUUUGAUUAAAAUACGAAACGCGCACAACAAUGUACAACUUUGAACAUUCAGUACAAAACAAAUGCAACAACAAAAGUCGAAAACUUUAAUUAAAUGUGACCUUUUAGAGAAAUAAUUACAAAACAUAAACUAAAAAUAAGAAAAUCGAGAAAAAAAACGACGCACACACUACGAAAACCAAAAAAGCAAAAAGAUCCAAAAACGCUGCCAUUGAAGUGCUUAAAAACACUUAAAAUGCUAAAACCGUCUAUGAAAACGCUUAAAUACUUAACAUUGCUAAUUGCCGUACUUCAAAUUCAAAUACAACCGAAUAGCGCCAAAACAAUCAGCGAAAUCAGGCGACAACUAAACAAACGGAACCUGAAAAUAAUACGAGACGUUAACAGCAACCACAACAAUAAUAAUAACAACAACAACAACAUACAUGCAUAUCAACAGUUAUCCAUACAACAGCAGCCGUUCCAGCCACAACAUUAUGUUAAGUUCAAUGUUAAUAAGAAUAACAGCAAAGCUCAUUCAAGUUCACAACCAUUUCAACAUGGUUCAACAACGUCAACAGAAUUUUCAAAGCCAAUUAACAGAGGUGUGGUGAAUUUGGGCCCUUAUAGUAAAGCCUCUCGCCGUCGUCGCAGUGUUUUCCACGUGCGUUGGAAUCCCAACGAACGCUUUAUUGUUGAAUCCAUUGAAAAUCCGGCCAUUAAUUCUUCCAAACUGGCUCCCCAUCCCCGUCUCAAAGUAUCCAAGACCACCAAACUCAAUUUGAAUGCCAAACAUUAUCUCUGCCACGACAAGUUGUCCCCAGUGUGCGCCAAUAAGACGCUGGCCUUUAAGGAACGCAUACUAAAGACAUUUGAGAAAUCGCUGCUGGAAUCAGUGAACGAAUCGAAUUAUUAUAAUGUCGAUUUUAAGCCUGUCUUUGGGGAUAGCUUUGAGGAACAAUAUUAUCCCUCCACCUGUUUGGUUAUGGAAGCUGGUGUUAAAGUUUUAAAGCGUAAAGAUUCCCCCUUUGAUAAAUUACAAUUUGGAAAACUUUUUCCCAAACAGAAAUUGUUUCGACAAAAGAAAAACAUCAAGACCUGUGCCAUAGUAUCGAGUGCUGGGUCAAUGGCUGGUUCGAAGCUGGGUAGAUUCAUUGACAGCCAUGACAUCGUAAUGAGAUUUAAUCAUGCCCCCACCGAGGGAUAUGAGGUCGAUGUGGGCAGCAAAACGACCAUACGUGUGGUGAAUUCGCAAGUUGUCACAAAGCCUGAAUUUGAUUUCACUCAUGCACCCAUAUUUCAAAAUGUCACCAUUGCCGCCUGGGAUCCCGGCAAAUACAAUGGAACCCUCGAGGAUUGGCUGACUACCUCGGAUUAUGAUUUAUUCACAAAUUAUGAGAUUUAUAGGCGGCGUUAUCCCAAGUCACGUGCCUUUCUAAUUGAUCCGCAUUCGAUAUGGCGUCUGUGGCAGAGUCUGCAAAUGUUUGCCGGCAAUAGACCGCUGCGAAAAAAUCCUCCUAGUUCGGGUUUUAUAGGAUUGGCACUACUACUACCUCACUGUCCUGUGGUGGAUUUUAUCGAAUAUAUGCCAUCGACACGUCUCAAUGGCCGUUGCCAUUACUACAGCAAGGAGAUCAAUUCAGCGUGCACAUUUGGAGCUUGGCAUCCCUUGGCUGCUGAGAAAUUAAUGGCUCUGGACAUGAAUGUGGCCGAUGAUAUGUCCGUCUUUCAAUUUGGCAUCCUGCGUAUGCGUCGUCCAGAUAAAUUGUUAUGCGGCUUUAAUUUCCUGGGGUAUUGAGGUAGGCCCAGCAACGAAAGUGGGAAACUUCUUCACAAGAAUGAAUUCUUUUUUCAUUGGCGCGUUAUGGCUGAAUGAAUAUCUAUCUGUCUGUCCAUCUGGGUUUCCUCCGCGUAUUUUUUUUUCUUUUUCUUCUGUUUCGUUAGAGAAUUAUUAUAUCGAAAAUAAAGCAACAAUUGGAGAAAAAUAAAACGAAACGACAAAAACGAAUUAUAAUAAAUAUUAAUAAGGACAUGAGAA